AUGGAGUUCAAGAGGGCUGCGCGGACUGGGCGGGAGCACCAAGUGUACUCCUCCGUAACCGGUGCCCGGGUGGUCGCCGGGUGCGUGUGUCUGACAGGUUUGCGGGACAAAGUGCUGAUGAUCAGCUCUGCGGCGCACAGGGACAGAUGGAUCCUGCCCAAGGGCGGUGUAGAGCUCGAUGAGCAGGCGGAUUACAGUGUCACUGCGGUGCGGGAGACGUGGGAGGAGGCUGGGUGUGUUGGGGAGAUCGUUAGAGAACUGGGGACCGUGGAGGAUAUGCGUCCCCCGAAACACUGGGGCAAAGUGGGCUCCCCUGCAAAUGCAGCCGAUGAUGGGCAGGUUCUGCAGCACCCGCCCAGGACCGAGUUCCAUUUCUACGAGAUGGUGAUUGGAGAACUGCGGGCGGAGUUCCCGGAGUGUCGCAAGCGUGAGAGACGGUUGAUGUCGUACGAGGAAGCCCGACAGGCGCUCACGGACGCCCACAGACCAGAGCUUCUCGAGGCACUCGACAGAUCGAGCAUCACCAGGUUGAAUCAAUGA